UGGUGACAAGAUGGCUGCUGAGAGGAUGGAACUAGAUUUCGGGGACCGUAAAUUGUUCGAGGAGUUUGAGGAUUCAAAACCUUCGCACAUUCAUUUCAACAGUUUUGAGGACGUGGAGGAUGUGGCGGGUAUGAGGAAGAAGCUUCAAGAAUGCGAGGAAAGUGUGGACUACCUGAAGGCGGAGAAUCAGGAACUUAAGAGGAAGUUGAACCUAAUAACCCAUCCAAGUAAAAUAGUUGUGAACGACUCCAAAACAGAUGGCCCAAUGGUUCAGAUCUUAUUUAUGAAUAACAAUAUUUCAAAGCAGUUCCAUCAAGAAAUUGAAGACUUCAUCACAGGUUUGGUAGAAAAGUAUGAAAAAGAAAUGAAAAGUGAUCCUGAAAAAACAUCAUUUAAUGUGAAGCCCCAGCCAUCAAGUAUGCUGUUAGAAGAGCAACUGAAAGUACAAAGUUUAAAUACAGGAAAGAAAAUAAAAGAGGCAUUUCAUGUUGUGGGAAGUGUUCAGUACUUCACCAGCUUUUGCCUUGACAAACUUGGGCAGCCGUUGUUAAAUGAGAAUCCACAGCUGACAAAUGGAUGGGAAGUACCCAAAUAUCAGCAAGUUUUUGCUCAAGUUGUAUCCUUGGAGGGACAGGAAGUGGAAAUGAAAGCUAAGAGGCCAAAACCUUGUUGUUUCAACUGUGGUUCAACAGAACAUCAGUUAAAAGAUUGUCCAAAGCCACGUGAUCUUGCUCGUAUUAGUGAGAAAAGAAAAGAGUUCAAUGCAAUGGCCAGUGAUUCACCUCAUUCAGGAUCUCAGCAGCGGUAUCAUGCAGAGAGGUUUGAAAAGUUCAAACCAGGUAUUAUCAGUGCAGAACUCAGAGAAGCUCUUGGGAUGACAGAUGAAACACUUCCACCAUUUAUCUAUCGGAUGCGUCAGUUGGGUUAUCCACCAGGUUGGCUGCUAGAGACUCAGCAAGAGAAUUCAGGUCUUGCUUUAUAUGAUGGAAAAGAUACAAGUGAUGGUGAAAUGGAGCAUGACAAACAACAUCCAAAAGCUCACUUUCCUUCCUAUGACACAAGUAAACUAAUAGAUUAUGCGGGGUUCAAUACUGUCAUUCCAAAAGGGAUUCAAGAUGAAUGGAGACAAUACGGUUCAAUUCCAAUGCAAACUCAUCAUCUUAAGGAACACUUUGCACAUCAAUUGAAUGCUAAUUAUUUUGCAACUAAACACAGUUCAAACAAAAGGAGUUCAGAUGUAGACACAAACCUUGAUGGUAUAAAGAAACGCAAGUCUGAAAAAAUAGAUACCUAUGCUUAUGACAUGGAUAUUGAUUCAGAUUCAGAACCUUCAAAGCCAUUAUGUUAUAUUCCACCCAUGCCUCCUGAAAGCCCAAUAAAUUUAUCAUCUCCUCCUCAACCCAAGGGAACACCCCCUUCUACACCACCCACAUUUGUCCCACCUGUACCACCUACUCCAACCCGUCCCCCGCUUCCAAAGGACACCCCUCCGUCUACUCCUUCAACUUGUUCUCCAGCGGGACAUUCACUACAAGAUGGAAAUACUCAGUCAGUAACUCCCCAGAUUAUAGACAAAACUUUGGAUGAAGAUAUCUUAUCAUUGGAAGAGCUGGAGGAACAGCAGCGGUUGAUCUGGGCUGCACUGGAACAGACUGAAGGUACUGUUAGUGAGUCAGAAGGUCCUUGUGAUUCUCCUUUAACCAAAAGUUCUACCAGUUCCUCACCAGCAAUAGUUCAACCAGACAUCUGCAUGGAAGUAGAGUCGAGUGAUAAAAUGGGCUCAGUUGAAAAUAACUUUGGGAGUCCAGUUGCUGAAGCAUCUUCCAUUGAUUUAACAGAAAAAAAUAUCAGUUCAAUUAAAGACACUCAGCACAGGGAAGAGAACAUUCAGCCUGAGAACUCUGGAAUAGAAACAGAGAGCAGUAGAGUCAUUCAGGAUUCUACCCCUACUUCUACAGAAUCUCUCAGAAGAAAUGGAGUAUGUUUAGAGAAAACAGAUAGGGCCAGCACUAGUGCUAAUGUUACAGAAGUGCAGGGGAAUAGAAUUUCUGUAGUGCCUGACAUGAGUAAAUUUGCAACUGGAAUUACUCCCUUUGAAUAUGACAAUCUUUCCGAGGCAACCGGAACUUACCUCAAACUCAGGAACUUGUUGAAGAAUACUCCAAGAAACAAAAUGAAAAAGAAAUAAAUAUUUUAAAGAGUACUGAAACUUUCAGAUCCAAGGCUUCCUUGUCAUGAUGUCACCAUUUACUGUGAUGGAACAUUUUUUUUCCCCCACACAGACCUCACUUCAACAUUUUGCAGCAGAGCAGAUGUUCUAGUGAACAUGUCAAAAUGUGGAUGUCAGUGCUCUUUUUAUAUUUAAGGCUGGCAGAGUGAAAAUGUCUGGUUUUAAAGAAAGAUUUUUACGUGUAAUACUCAUUUUCAAAGAAGCACUAUUGAAAUUUGUCCUUUAGGCAUGGUCUCAGAAUUUCUCUUAUGUGGAAUUAAGUGUACAGUGAAUUUUUCGUCAUUUCUUGUACAUCAUUUUUGUUUAUAUAACAAUACGUUAUAUAAACAUUACCAAUGUAAUUUUAUAUAUUACUGCCAGGGAUUUUAGUGUACAGUAUUUUAAAUCCUAAUAAUUGAAUAUUGAAAUUGUCAGGGAUUACUAGGGCUCUUUUCAGGUAUUUUAUGAAUAUCUACAUAUGCUUUAGUUUUUUAAAGCUGCUUCAACCUUUGUAAUUCCAUUCUUUGUGAGGAGUACAUAGCCUUGGAUUACAGGAAUAUAAUGAACAAUUCUACAAUGAUGUUUUAGUAUUUUGUGAUUGCAUUAAAUGGCAUUGAAAGUUACAGGAAGUAUUGUGAUUGUGGCCACUCAUUUAUCAUUGUGGCAGAGGUUGUCUUUCGUGAAAAUCUGGUAAGCCACGUUUGGGAAAAAUUUGUGAAAUCCUGGGCACAAUAUUUGAAACCUGUGGAGUUUUUUGUUUGGUCAUGUAAUAAACACCACAUAAAUAGUA